AUACCAUAAGACUUACACAUUUAAAGUAUACAUUCAAUGGCUUUUAGUAUACAGUCAUGCAACUAGAACCACAGCUUUAGAAGUUUCAUUGCAUCCCCCCAAAUCCUACACUCCAUAGUUAUCACUCCUCUAAGCCCCAUACUUCAGACAACCACAUUUGCCUACUCCUGACAUUUCAUUUAAGUGAAAUCAUAACACCUGUGGUCCUUUGUGACUGGCUUCUUUUACUAAGCACAGUGUUCCCAGGGCUCAUCCAUGUUGUAGUAUGUAUAGCCCUCCAUUCAUGUUUAUUGCUAUUAUUCCAUUGUAUGGACAUCCCACAUUUCAUUGACGUGUUGAUUACUUAAAGGACAUUUGGAUUUUUCCCACAUGGGGCUUUUGUAAAUAAUGCUGCUAUAAAAAUUCAUGUUCAAGUUUCUGUGUGAACUUAUGUUUUCAUUUAUCCUCAGUGUAUACCAGGUAGUAAAAUUGCUAAGUCACUUGGUUUACUUUAUUUUUCAUUAUCUAGCCCCUCCCCAUAGUGAAAAUUUAGUCAAAUUACAUUAAAGACUAAAAACCUUCACUUGUGUGGUGGGGCCCUGACUUAGAGGGUGAGGAAAAUGAGCCUGGGAGUCAUGGCAGUAGACACCAAGUGCCUUUUCCUCAGGGUCCAGUUCUAGCUCUGUCCAGUCUAUUCUGCCUCAAUUUCAGCAUUGAAAUUGCUGUGGCUCCAUCCAGAUCUGUGUGGACAAAUCGUGUUUCUCAGUGUGAAUUGUGGGCCUGCUCCCUCCUGCUGGGUGUCUUCAUCCCAGAGACUGUCCAAGGAAAAGCUGAUGACUCUUGACCAUGGGCUUUUCUGUUCCUGACUGUGCACCUUUGCCACACCUGGCCCUGGCCACACCUGCAGCCACACCUGCAACAAGGACAGACCAAGGCAGUUCAGAAGCUAUCCAGGCUCUUCUGAGCUGGCCAGCCAGUCUCAGAGGCUGCUCCCUGCCCCUGCAGGCCUCAGUGAGCUGUGGGAGGGCCACAGACUGCUUCGUACAGGCAAGUUUUUAAAAAUGCUUUCAGUUUAGACAUUUUUAACAAACCAGUGCCAGGAAAUGUUUUUUCUUCUGAGCCAAGAGCCAAAAGACAGAUCUACUGGGGACAUCUGAUUCAUUGACUAAGAGAAAAUUCACCCACUUGCUGUCUAAGUUUCUGUUCAGUGCUGCCUUGAAGUUCUUGAGUGCUCGGGAACCUCAGUGCUCCCCAAGUGCAGGAGGACUUGAUCAGAGGCAAAGAGCCCCUCUUCUCGUCUUUUGUUCCCAGGGCAGAAGUUGGAACUUGCCUGCCGAAAGUCAAGGUCACGUUAGCUCAUGGAAGUGAUCAUGCGGAUGCCCCUGGGAGCCUCCAACCAGACAAGUGCCACCUCCAUCCUGAAUGACCCCAUGGCUGAGAGGAACACCACCAGCUCCAGCAGGGCUCUGCGCCUGCUGGAUGGGAUGAGUGCCGCCUGGUACAUCCUCACCAUCAUUGGCUUCUUUGGGGUGAUUUUCCUCUUUCAGAUGGCCAGCAACAUCCUCAGGAAGAAUGAUAAGUCCUUGGAAGACACUUAUUAUUCCAGUUUGACCCUUGAACUAAAAAGGAAAGGGCUCCAGAGCAAGGUGGCCAAAUGUUCCUCAGUGAUCAUUUGCAACCCGGCUGUCCUACAACCUAGCCAGACUAGCGUGAUGUCCAAGUUUGGGAACAGUGAGCCUCGGACUGGAGCCCAUGGCAUUUCUUGAAUACCAAUCCAGCAUACCUCCAAGGGGGACUCAGCCUUUUUGAAGUAGUUUGAGUUUCUUGGAACCUGAAGAAAGGAGCUAAGCCCUUGAAUGGGGAUGAAAGAGCAUCACAAUGUUGUGGGUCCUUCUGGCUGAUGGGUGUGUGGCCAGACACCAGUAGCCUGUGUCCCUCUGAGGCUUUCUGAUGCUUUAGGGUUGGGGGAGCAGAAGCCAUAUUUGCUGUGCCCCAGUAAAGCCUGUGCUCUAGGAAAGGGAAUACAUAUCCAGCGUUCUCAGAGGAAUCCAGAAUUCUCCAAGGAAACAAAUGGUUUCUUGUCAUGGAAAGGCUGCUUUGGAGUUAAAUGCUCAGAUUAAAAUUCAGCUUUUAGAUGAAUAACGUUUGAGUGUCUGGUUAUUCACCUGGAACCUGUGAAAGU